AUGGGAAACUGUGCCCUCGGGGGCCACGUGGUCACCACGGAGAAGAACGGCGUUGUCCAGCUGAAGGGCCUGGGGCUGAGCGAGUUCCCUCCGGAUCUACGGAAGCUGUCAGGGUGCCUGCGGGGCCUGGACCUGUCCGACAAUCAGAUCGAGCGCGUCCCUCCGGCCGCGAUAAAGAUGUUCGCGCAGCUGACCGGCCUCCGGCUGGACGGCAAUCGGCUGGUGUGCCUUCCAGACGAGCUGUGCUCGCUGAGCAGGCUGGAGAGCUUGAGUGUCAGGGGCAACCUCCUGGGAGAGUUGCCCUCGGCCUUCGGCCGGCUGUCCGCCCUCAGGACCCUGGACCUGUCGGGGAACCGGCUGAGGGCCCUGCCGCCCCAGCUGUGCGGCCUCCAGAGCCUCGAGGUGGUCGAUCUGUCCCGUAACCAGAUCCGGGAGGUCCCCGGCUACGUGGGGGCCAUGCAGAUGGUGGAGCUGAACCUCAACCAGAACUGGAUCGCCCAGAUCUCGCCCCGUGUGGCCCGCUGUCCGCGCCUCCGGGUCCUGCGUCUGGAGAGGAACUGGCUGGAGCUGGUCACGCUGCCGCCCGGCCUUCUCCGGGACUCCCGGCUCUGCCUGCUGGCCCUGGGGGGAAACCUGUUCGACGUGAAGGAGCUUGAGGAGAUGGACGGCUAUGACGGGUACCUGGCCAGGUGUGAGGCCGCCCGGGGGGACGUUGCUCUGAUGCGGUCUCUAUUGCUCUGA